AUGGAGGAGGAGAGGAAGCGUUCAAAAGGAGGGUUCUUUCAUAUGUUUGAUUGGAAUGGGAAGAAGUCCCGUAAGAAGCUCUUCCCAAUCAGUCCAGAACUACCAAAAGGAACCAAAGCAUGGAAAGAAAACGUUGAUCGAGGAGCGAAGUUGCAUCUUCAUACUAUAGAGUUUGAAGAUAGAAGAGGAAAUGCAAACACCAAAGCAAGUAGUAGUGACUUAAGUUGUGCUUCAUCUGUAACUAGUGAUGAUACAUAUGGAACUAGACCUGCCAGUGUAGUUGCAAGACUCAUGGGUUCAGAUUCAAUGCCUUCAACAUUAGCUCUAACCGAACCUUCUUCUAAUCAACAACUCCAACCCCGCCUAGUUAGAUAUUCACAGUACAAUCCUAUGGACUUGCUCAAUGUCGCUGGUAGGAUGGAAAUGCAUCAUUGGAGGCAAUCAACACAGCCAAUUGAGAGAUUUCAGACCGAAAAUUUGCCACCAAGAUCAGCUAAAUCCAUUCCACCCACCCAUUACAAGCUCUUAUCUCCAAUUAGGUGUCCUGGAUUCGUCUCGUCAAAGAACGUAGCUUACAUUGCUGAGGCAUCUGCCAAGAUAAUGGAGGCAAGUCCUAGGGCGGUGAAUAAUACCAUUAGAGUGCCAUCUAUCGGUUCGCCUUCAGUUCCCAUGAGAAUCAGGGAUUUGAAGCAGAAAAUGGAAGCUGCACAUAGGGUGUCUAGACCUGGAACUUCAAGUGCACCUGGAAAAAGUUUGAAGGCUCAGCAUAGAGACAAGAGUAACACUGGAUCGUCAUCAGUGGGCUCAUCUUCAUUCAGAAGACCUCCAAAGGCUUCUCCUGAAAUGGAUAAAGGGAAAUCAGUCCAACAAAGAGCAGGUGGUUCAACAACCAGAAGUAAUAACAAUAGAAUCAAGCCAAAGGAGAAAAAUGAGAUUAAAUCCCAGCCAAGCAUGCAAACGAGUGUUCAUAAGAAGCCCAUUGAAAAUAGGAGCAAUGUGCUUAGACAGAACAACCAGAAGCAGAAUAAUAGUCUAUCUGGAAGGACAACUUCAACCUCAAAGCAAGGGGAUAUAGCUAUAACUCGGCUCUCGAGUGGUUCUUCAGGUUCAAGUAGGACUGUUAGUACGGUAUCUAUGAACUCUGAGAAGGAGAAGAGGAAUACUUCACCUCAUAAGAAACAGGCUAUAAACGUUGAUCCUCCAUCAAACAUAAGGGCAUCUGCUAGUCGGCUAUCUAAUAAGGACUCGAGAGCCAUUGAAUGUAAAGUUGCAGUUGAUGAAGAGCAUGGUAAAUGGGAAGAAUAG